UGAGUGCAACUCCGAAAAUCCAAAGUACUAAUUAUCCAUUUUCAUAUACACAUAGUUUAUUACAAUGGCUGAAGAUCCACAAGAUGCAGCUGAUAGAGAGCGUAUUUUCAAGCGUUUUGACGCUAACGGUGAUGGCCAAAUCUCUUCCACUGAACUCGGAGAAGCGCUGAAAGCACUUGGAUCAGUCACCGGAGAUGAAGUGAAAAGAAUGAUGGAGGAGAUUGAUACAGACGGAGAUGGAUUUAUUUCGUACGAGGAGUUUACACAAUUUGCAAAAGCAAACCGUGGUCUAGUCAAAGAUGUUGCGAAGAUUUUUUAAAUGUUUUUCAUACCUUCAUGCUAAACCUUUGUUGGUUAAUUUCAUUAGAAUUUAAGAAAAACUAGUAUGUGUGUAUGCAUGAUUAUUUAUAUAUACAUGAGAUGAUAUGUUCAUUAAUUUCAUGAUAUGCUAAUUUCUUUUGGAUAUUUGUCAAAUUAGAAAUAUUUUAAUACAUGUGUGAUUUUUUCAUUGUAA